GUGUCUCCUUACCCAGCAUGCCCCACUCUUCCGGCUUUUAGCAGCAGUGGUGACAGACGGAGCUACAACAAAAUGACAGUUUAAACUUUAAACCGAUGAGCUGUGGGCUAAUGACAGCGUGGCUAACGCUCCCGGACACUUUUCACUGACCGCUCAUUUAAAUGUCAUUUCUUUGGACCUGAGGUCGGGACAGAAAUCGACAGGAUGCAGUUUCCUCCCACCAACGGAGACUUCACGUUCGUGUCCUCGACAGAGGCUGAAGAACUCAGCGGCACCAUAAGUGCCCCAGACAUCAAGCUAAACAUGGGCAGUGACGGCGGGAAAGACCCGUACGCCACCACCUUCCUGAGGCAACGGGGCUACGGCUGGCUGCUGGAAGUGGAGGAGGAUGACGGUGAAGAGAUCAAACCUCUCCUGGAGGAACUGGACAUUGACCUGAAGGACAUCUAUUACAAGAUUCGUUGUGUGCUGAUGCCAAUGCCAUCGCUGGGCUUCAACCGGCAGGUGGUCAGAGACAACCCGGACUUCUGGGGCCCUCUGGCUGUGGUGCUGCUCUUCUCCAUGAUCUCCAUCUAUGGACAGUUCAGGGUUGUGUCUUGGAUCAUCACCAUCUGGAUAUUUGGAUCAUUAACAAUCUUCCUGCUGGCACGUGUCCUUGGUGGUGAGGUGUCGUUCGGCCAGGUUCUCGGAGUGAUUGGAUAUUCCCUUCUUCCUCUCAUCGUUAUAGCCCCUCUGCUGUUAGUGAUCAGUCAAUUCGAGGUUGUCUCUACACUAGUCAAACUGUUCGGAGUGUUCUGGGCUGCUUACAGUGCUGCUUCCCUGCUUGUCGGAGAUGAAUUCAAAACGAAGAAGCCCCUUCUCAUAUAUCCCAUUUUCCUUUUGUACAUAUACUUCCUAUCGCUAUAUACUGGUGUGUGACGGGAUGAGUUGAAUCUGUGGACCUUCUAACGGACAGUGACCCUGGAACAUAGGGGAAUGAGUCAAAACUUCAGAACCAGGAUUUUUUAAAAAGGUGUUUAUUUCUUUUUUAACUCUGUUAAAUUCCAGAUGACGGGGAUGCUGGGAAUACAGUAUGUAUCAAUGUAUAUAGUUUUGUCCCUUUCGUCAAUAAAAUGUUUAUGUUGUUUGCACAGCUUCAACUUUGGUAUGCAGACUUCUCGCUCACCAGUGCAAUACAGUCACAAUUGUCCUAUUUUUAUUUGUAGUUCAUAAAGCUUGAAAUAAUCAUAGUUCAACAUUAAUGUAAUGAUUUCUUUGUCCUAACACUAAAAAUGUGUUGCCAAAUAUUUGCGGUUUUCUUUUCAUUUUGAAGGAAGAAGAGAGGCAGCACCACACAAGAAGAUUGUUGAGCAGUAUGUUCGUUAUUGUUGUUCACUGUAAUGUACUAUGAGAAAUGUACAUUUGUGCUUUUCAUUUUUUUAUGGACAUGUCAGUUGAUUUAUGGGUUUUAGCAGCAGAAGCAGAUGGACUGGGGCAAGUUACAGUGAUAUGAACCAUUGUCUACUGAAUGUGGUGCCUUCCCUCCCUUGAGUCCUGUUUGUCACUGGUUUAAUACGGGAAUAUAAUAUUUGAUCACCAAUUACAGUAAAUUAUAAGAGUAA